AUGAUGCGCCUCCGCCGCUACCGGUUGUUUCUGGUGGUGGCGCUCUGCGCGGUUGUCCUGGUGUACCACCUGACUAGGACAGAUGCCUGGGAUAGCUCAUCCUUCGAGGCUCUUGUGGGAUUGGGAUCACAUCACGCUGGGAAACUGACUGCAGAUUUACCGACGCAACCUUUUGGUGUCCCAGUGCCUCCCCGAGAAGAGCCUGCGGAUCAGCCAGUCCAGCCGCCGCAUCCUGCCCUACCACCCAACGACGUUCGGGGCUCUGCUCCUUCGCCUUCGCCUGCUCGAGAUACCGCCUCGCCCUCUACGUACGUGCAGGAUCCAGCGCGGGCUGUCUCUGAGGAAGAGUUGCUCACAACGCAAACGGGUCUCGAUGAACUCGGUUCACAUGAUGCAGGUCAGGCCAGGGUCAGGCCGCAGCCUCCGGAAGAGGAAACAGUGCACUGGGAGCAACAACAGGAGCAUUUUCCGAUCCCGUCGCAUAGCUUGAUACUCUUGCCAACGGGCGAGCCGAAAGCGCUACCCCGGGUACAGUACGACUUUGCGAAGGAGACGUCUACAACGAAGCGGGAUCGGACACGGAAGCAGACGGUCAUCCGUGAGGCUUUCAAGCAUGCUUGGUUCGGCUACAAGAACUAUUCACUCCCGCACGAUGAGCUCAAGCCCCUCUCCAAGGACGUGGGUGAUCCGUUCAAUGGGUGGGGAGCCACUCUGGUGGACUCGCUCGACUCUCUGUGGAUCAUGGGGCUUUACGACGAGUUUGCAGAGGCUGUGGAGGAAGUGAGCAAAAUCGAUUUCAAGACCUCGGCGCGCAAGGACAUUCCCCUCUUUGAGACGGUGAUUCGUUAUCUCGGCGGACUGAUCGCAGCAUACGACCUGAGCUCUGGGAGGUACCCAGCCCUGCUGGACAAGGCUGUCGAUCUGGCAGACAUCCUGAUGGGCGCCUUUGACACCCCGAAUCGAAUGCCCGCCGUCUUCUACAAGUGGGCUCCAUCCUAUGCGUCGCAACCGCAUCGGGCCAGUCCGCACUCGGUCCUGGCCGAGAUAGGCUCCCUUUCGGUGGAGUUCACUCGCUUGGCGCAGAUUACGAGGGAACCGAAGUACUACGAUGCAGUCGCACGCGUUACCAAUGCUCUCGAGGAUUGGCAGAUGAAGACGUCUUAUCCGGGUCUUUGGCCGCUGAGACUGGAUGCGUCCGGCUGCAAAAGGCCUCAAAAGCCCGAAGACGGCGAGCUCGUCUCCGACUCAGCAGCUGUGGUAAUGCCGGAGUCUGUUGCUCCUGAAGAGUUGAUCCGGGAAAAUGAUGACUCGUCUUCGGAAAACUUCCCUGCGGCGGAGUUCCGACCCUCCCGCGAAGAUCACGGCGUGAGCCGGUUAAACAAGAGACAGCAGCUGUCCUCUUCGCCACCGCGGGAACAACCUUUGCAGAACAAGGCAGGGGAGACCGGGAAGAAACCUGCGGUCAAACCGCAAUGGACCGAGGACGAGUUUGACGACGUCGAUUGUGAGCCCCAAGGAUUAAGCACCGAGCCGCAGGCGAAGACCCAUACCUAUGGCAUUGGCUCAAUGGCCGACUCGACUUACGAAUACUUUCCGAAGGAAUAUGCACUGCUCGGCGGGCUUAAUCCUCAAUACAGGACCAUGUACCUCGACUCGAUGAAGGUUGUCCGGGAGGAACUGCUAUUUCGGCCCAUGACGAAGCAGAACCAUGACAUACUCUUUUUGGCAAAGAAGAACAUCUCGCCCGGGCACAAGGAUCCGAAGAAGAGAAAGGAGACCUUCUACGAGGGCACGCAUCUCGGCUGCUAUGCCGGAGGCAUGUUUGCGCUUGGCUCUCGGUUGUUCGAUUUGCCGUCUGACAUCGCUAUCGCGGAAAGGCUUACUGACGGAUGCGUUUGGGCGUAUGGGUCUACGCCUGCAGGUGUCAUGCCAGAGGAGUUCGAGCUUGUGCCUUGCGAUAGUCGCACUUCCUGUCGUUGGGACGAAGCCAAAUGGCAUGAGGCCCUAGACCCACGGCGUGAGGAGAGAAUGCAAGCGGCGGAGACAUACAAUGCCAUGCAGCAGAGGCUAUACAAGGAGACUCUGGCUGACGUCGAUGUGGUUGACGAAGAAGAGCAGGCUGUCCCUUAUUCUGUCCUGACGGGCCGCCGUUUGAAGAGGCGAGACAGCCUCACGGAUAUGGAAGAAGACUCCGCAACACACCCACGCGUGGCAGAUGAUGCCGACACUGGCACGAACAGUCUGAAGCCAGGCCUCUUCGUGCCCACGGUCCCCUUGUCUCACGAAAAGUACGUAGCGGCCAAGAUUCAAGAGCAGCGAUUACCACCUGGAUAUACCAAGAUCCAGGCGAGAGAUUACCGACUCCGCCCUGAAGCCAUCGAGUCGGUGUUCAUCAUGUACCGACUCACCGGCGACGAGACGUGGCGAGACAAAGGCUGGGCCAUGUUCGAGGCAGUCGACAGGGCCACCAAGACGGAGAUUGCCAAUGCUGGCAUCAAGGACGUGACCAGCCUCCUCCAAGAGCAGCAAGACACAAUGGAGUCGUUCUGGCUCGCCGAGACGUUGAAGUAUUAUUAUCUGCUUUUUAGCGAGCCGGACUUGAUCAAUUUGGAUGAUUAUGUUUUGUAA